AUGAAUUUAUUAAAUGAAAUAUUACAAUUCAGUAAGCUACUUACCUCAGCAAAUGGAAAUGAUGUUUUCAGUUGGGAUUCCAAACAUUUAAAUUUUGUUAUUCGAUAUGCACGUACGAUUGAAACUAAGUUAUUUGGAUUAUCAAGGGAAAAAACAGAUCUGAUUCAACAACAACUUGAUAAUGGAAUGACCAGAAUUAUUAAAAAACAAAAACCACCGCCAUCCUUAGAAGAGUUAAGAAAUGCUCGUUGUUUAUUGUAUAAAGCAUUGAUAAGUAAUCCUAAAUUAUCAAAUAAUUUGUAUUCUUACUUGUUAAAAACAUAUGGGUUUAAUGAUGAUAAUGAAAGAAAUUCUUCUUCAAAAAAGGAUAUUAUAACAAAGGCAUCAGGAAUUACCAAUACUUUUUUAGAAUGUUUGGAUGACAUUAAAAUCAAUCAUAAUUUAGUAGAAACAAAAGAUAUUUCCACUACUACCAUUUGUAAUGAAUAUAUUCGAAUAAUAACCAAAAACAAUUUAAUUGAUUCAAGGACAAUAAAAUACGACUACUCAUUCAAACUUUCACCUAUUAAUAUUAAAAGAUGUACUGCUGGCAGAAUAUUGUUAAAAAAUUGUUUAAAAUUGUACAAUAAUAGUAGCACCAGUAAUGGAUAUAAUGGAUAUAUUCACUGUGAUUUAAGAAAAGAAGUUGAAAAUCAAAUUAUCAAUUACUUGAAUAAUUAUGUUGGAGAAGAAUCAGGUGGAAUGGAAAUAGUUUUUCGUAGCACUAUACUAGCUUUUGAAGAUAACCAAUUUUAUCGUGAUGAUGACCAUGGCUAUGUUAAUAAUUUAAAUUUAUUAGGGUUGAGACAACUUUUUCUAAGGUGGAUUAUGACAUGUAUUUUUUCUAAUCAAAAUCAAAAAAAUGGUACAAAAAUGACAGAUAUUGAAUCAGAGAUUUGGAUUUUACAUCCUUGGAUACUUGAAAAAAUUUCACAAUAUCAUGAACCAUUCUUUAAAUUUUAUUAUGGAAGAUUGAUACAUUGCACACGUGAAGAACAACAAAGGAUGAUGAUUUUGGAAGAUGAAAGAACAUUCAAUCAUUCUAUUCAACCUUUGAUGUAUUAUAGAAAAAUUAUUAAAAAAUAUGAUAGCGAUAAAGAUGAUGAUGAUACUUUUUAUAUUAGUACUACUACUAAUAGUACUAACACCGCCAUUAUUAAAACUAAUGAUAAUAUGGAAACAUCUAGCCAACGAACUAGAAUACAUGAUAAUGACGAACAUUUAGAUAGUAUAAUGAAUGAAUGA